ACGUCAAAUCACUGUUUCCUCUGUUUUGUGAAUUCUUCUUGUAAUGUUUUAACAAAUGUGUUGUCUUAAAAUAAUAUCUAAUCUAAAUGGUUAAUUGCCAAAUAAAAUAGACUUUAAUAUCAACUGUGCAGACAACCGUAAAUUGUGUUCCUGUGUGUUUAAACUAAUGUUUUACUAGUCAAACUUGAGCACAACAUGGGUGGUCUAUUUAGUUACUUCAGAGGUUUGUUAGGGGCCCGUGAGAUGAGGAUAUUGAUCCUUGGUUUAGACGGCGCCGGGAAGACCACAAUACUAUAUAAACUUCAGGUCGGUGAGGUAGUGACGACGAUACCAACUAUUGGUUUUAAUGUGGAACAAGUGACUUACAAAAAUCUGAAGUUUCAAGUAUGGGACUUGGGUGGACAAACCAGUAUAAGGCCUUACUGGCGAUGUUACUAUGGCAACACAGAUGCAAUAAUAUAUGUAGUGGACUCUGCAGACAGAGAUAGAAUAGGAAUAUCUAAAGAUGAGCUCGUGCAUAUGUUGAGAGAGGAAGAGCUAGCGAACGCCAUUCUCGUGGUUCUAGCCAAUAAGCAGGACAUGGCAGGCUGCCUGACCGUGGCUGAGGUGCACCAGGCCCUGGGUCUGGACGCACUGCGCGACCGCACAUUCCAGAUUUUCAAGACAUCAGCAGUUCGUGGAGAGGGUCUUGACCAGGCGAUGGAUUGGCUUUCUAAUGCACUACAAGCUAGAAAAUAACGUACAGCGUUAAGAAUUACAGUGGAAUAAACGCAGGAAGAGAUCGCAGCGCGCAGUGAUGUUGUAUGUAACGCCAUUAGGAUAAGUACUUAGUGUUGCCGUUCCCCACAUUAUUGUAAAGGCCCCUCCACACCGGUGGCGGCUUUCCUAUUUGUAAAUAUUGUAGCUAAUCCAUGUACCAUUUGUGUAAUAGGAAAUGUUGACAAUUCUAUUGCAGUAAAAAUAGUAUGUUGUAUUUACAGAUCAUUUAAUGAUACCAAGGCUAAUAUUCAUAUCAUUAUUUCUUAAAAACUUCACCUGCUUCAUUAUCUUUUAUUUGGCCCAUGGUCUUCAUUUAACAUGUCAUGUUGUAUGAUGUCAGCCCGUUGACAUAUCAUAAUCAGAGUAGUGAAUUUAAAUGUCAUGUCUUCAUUCUCAAUUAAUAAAAUUAAUAUACAUUAUAUAUUUAAAAAUAGCAUACAAAUUUAAAUAUUAACAAUGUUAACGUUCUCGUUAAUAGCCAAUUUUACAGCAGAUUUCAGAGACUUAGCUCUAAAUAUUAUUAGUCUACGUUCUUAUUGAUACAAUCAUUAACAUAAAAUUGAGGGUAGGAUGAUAUUUUUCUAUCACAGUAUUAUGUUGCCCAUUUCAUGGUUUUUAGUCCAUAAAUUAAACAAGGCAUCAAAAUCAAAAUUGUCGUUGUUCGAAAUUGUCAGUAAAAUAAUGUUUAAUUCGAUCUCAGCCAACACUAAAAUCUUGAAUACACAUCCAUAUACCUACCUAAAGUUAUGCUCGGCGGACAUCUUGGAUUUCAUAAAAUCAUCGUAAAACCUUUCUCUAUUUCCCCGAGAAACUUGGAAAGGAUAUAUAUCCCCGUAUUGUUAAAAUCUUAUAAUUUUGCGCAGCGAACCUUAGAAACUGUAUCCAUUUCGUUGCGAUGAUUUUUCGCGGCGGCCAUCUUGGAUUUUUAAAAUGAUCCCUUCCCUACAUCCCCGAGAUCCUUGGAAACAAAAUCCAUACUUUUGAAUCAUUAUUUUGCGUGGCAACCAUUUUGGAUUUCAAAAAUGUUCCCACGUUCGUUCUCUACUCCUACAACUGCUACCUUGGAAAGGAAAUACAUAUUGCUAUAAUGAUCAUCUUGUAUUUAGAAAUAAUUACAAUGUCAAUAACAGACAAUAUCGUUCCUUGCAACCCCGAGAAUCUUGGAAACGAUAUACAUAAUGCUUGUAGGCAAACUCACAUUCGCAUGCAUAAUUAGUAAGGGUAGGCCGGGGCGCACACCAGACUAACUCUUACACCAGUGACACGCAUGUCAACGCCAAAAUAAUUACGCCACAAAUGUCUGGUGUGCGACCUAACUUAUAAAGAUUUCUCAUCUAUCAUUACAUUAUUGUAACGGCAUAGAUAUUUGUAUGAUUUUACCAAAAUAUUUAAAAUGAAUUUACCAAAAUAUUUAAAAUGAAUCACAAACAAUAAAAUUGUUAAAAGUUAACAUAGCAUGGAGAAGAUUUAGUGGUUAGUUGUUGGAAGACAUGCUGUAUUAUAGCAGUGUCAUCUUAAAAUUCUGGGUGAUAAGUGCAGCUUAGCAUCAGGUGGGCCAUCAUUGUACAGGAAGAUAUCAUCAUAUGGCAUCCCACGUUUUAAAGCUCGAUAUGUAACUACCCGGUUACAUCAUCUCUGGACUUGACGUCGAUGACGUCACAUCGUUGGUUUGUUACGGUGUGCAAAACAAGCAACACUAGGAUAUUAUUAUUACGAAUAAAUAAAUAAAAAAUAUUUAUUUUGUCAGUAUUAUAGAUUGAUGUAAAGGUGCUGUGUUGUGAUGCUGAUGAUUAUUAUUAUUAUAAUAAUGAAAAAUCUAUCAAAGAAUCGGGUUUGAGUAAAAAAAGAUUUUAUUUUUCUGGAAUUAUAGCGAAACAGAACAACAAAAACUACAAAACUCUUAACAAUAAAAGUCAAAACGUAACAAUGAAAACUUCAAAAACAAAGCAGUGACUACACGAAAAUGUCAGUACAUGUAACGGUGAUGAAACUGCAAACCGUACGGAAUAAAACAGGACGAGCGUGGGGGGGUGAAAGGGGAAGGGGAGGUUUCUUCACGUUCCAGCGAGGUCCAGAGAUUAUAUGACCGUGUAGUAACAGUAACCAUUAUGUAUGUAGCUGUGGGGCGGCGAACUGUCGACUAGUUAAUUGAAGUGUGAAUGUGUUUGGGUUCCGCAGGGCGCGAUGUAACCAAUCGAUUCCAUUAAUUGUUGCUUGAUGAUGUCACGCAGACAUUUGUAGCGCUCUCUGUGACGUCAUAUCUUGCGAUCACGAUGAACGGCCGUUUUCAAUUACCUAGCUUAGUUUUACUUACUAGAGGUAGACAAAUCUAUCCUUUUACGCUUACUUACAUUUCAAUAAUCUAUCGACAGAUAGCAUUGUACUAUAAUAAUAUAACUAUAUUGGACAUAACUAUGGGUAGCUAGGAUCUUGUCAUUAAACGGUGACAGCCAUCUAUCAGAGAUACGGUUUUGUAAACGGCCGUUAAUAUUUUAUGACAUCGGGCUAUCUUGGGGAAGUAUAAUAUUGGAAUAGAUAGAGAUCAAAGUAACUAACAGCCAGCAACCAAGCUGUAUUAACACGUAUUUUCGGUUAAAUCUAUUUUGAUAUUAAGAUAAACGAUUGCCAUCAACUCUCUCCGAGUAUUUGACGGAUAUCCAUUUAAUCAAUUAUAUCUCUUUUCUAUUUACUACUAAAUAUAUAUUUAUAAUGGAUAUAUUUAUUUAAUUAGUUCAAUUCACAAUUAUUGAUAUACGGUAUUAUUUAUAUAUUUAUAGAUUAUGAAGUAGGUAUUAAAAAGUUCAUGAUUAUGUAAUACUAUCUCAAUUCAGAGGCCCGCGAAACUGCUAGUUUCAAACCUACCCACAUUGUGUUACAUCGCUCUCUGUAGUGACCGGUGGUGCGACAAGUAUUUUAAGUAAUUUUAUUACAAUAAUAAUAUAUUGUGUAUUUGUAACAGUUGUUGUACAAGUAUAUAUUGUAUAGGGUGGCCAGUGCAGGCGGAUUGUUUCAAAUACAUUAUUCCAUAUUU